AUGUCGGAAUGCGACUUCAACCCAAACCCAGACAUGCAAGGCUUUGCUGUUCGAUUGGCCAUUUUCCUCACACAUUCGGGAAUGGCUUUGCUACUCGGAAUUGUACCAGAAGAACCUGACGAGCAUAUCCGGAUGUGCUUUUAUGCGCUCUUUUUUCAACUCUUUCCAAUCAUCAUCGGCACAUUGAUCAGCUUCAUCCAACGCAAACUCUCUCCGGGUGAUGCCUGGUUCGCUCUCCUGGUGAUGCUUUCACCGACAACGUUGGAAAUGCUUGACUUGUUGCCGUUUCACCGUCGUCGCGCCGGCAAAUGGUCCUUGAGGGAGAUUGCUGACGGCAUAUGCAUCAUACUCCUGCUGGUACUCUCUAUCGCUCUAUACAUCAUCAUUGUCGUUUUUCUGUCAAGACAAGGUGACGAAUGCCAACUCGGGGGAUUUUACUCCAUCGCUCUGGGAGAAAGCCGGACUGGAUACCACGUCAGCUUCGCAAUUGCCCUCUUCACAGUCUUUCUCACAAUCUUUCGAAUACCUGGAUACCAAACCAUGAAAUUUCUGCUGCAGGUUCUUCUAUGGGCGCCUUCAGCAGGAUAUGAGGCGUUCUGGAUUACCUCAAUCGUGUUUUCGAUCCUUAGUGCAGUGCAAACCCUAGGAGCAACGCAACCUGGAUGUGUAGUUGCACGAUGGAGGUUGCAGAACGCUCACUCCCCGCAUGCCAAGUCACGGUUGCUGCCCAUAAUCCGAAGAGGCGUGAUGCUAGGGUUUUCGGUCAUGACUAUUCUGAUUUUUAUCGAUCCCACACAGUGGGUCGCGCGGGUGGCCAUUGGCUUUUGCCUCUUGGGCGAAUUAGCCAUUGCCUUGCCAGCUCGAUGCUCGGGUAUUUCCUGGGUCCAAAUAUCAGCGUCCUGGAUCCAUGUGACAAGUGAAGCUGCCGAACGCAUCCAUCCACGACGCAGCGCAUUGCUGUCUGUGUUAUUCUAUGCCCAAUGGGGGCUGACGCUGGGAGUCACAACCCUGGAACCCGACUAUGAAUUGACAUAUGGGCAGAUCGUGGCCUCGCUUUCAUUCUUGCCCAUCGCCGCAGAAUGCCUAAAGCUCGCUUUCCAGAAGCACCACUGGCCCAGUCUUCGCUCCCUCCGCCUUGUACUUCUCCCACUGUCGCCCAGUCAAUACAAGGAGCUAUCGGAGGACGACGUGUUCCCCAAUGAGUUCUGGAAAAAUAAAACCAGGACGGCAGUCGUCGCCAGCAUUCUCGGGCUGUCUUGGGUAGGCUGCACUGUACCAGAUCGCCUUCCGAAGCGUACAACGAUGAGAACCGUCGUCUACUACGCCUUUCCAUCUAUCAGAUUUCCUGAGGUUCUUGAAGAUACCGUCUGUAAGAAGCCGGAAGAUUCAAAUUCACACUUACAUCUACACAACAAGCCCAUCGAGAUGAAGACUAUGCUACCUUCAUCCCUACCUAGGACACCACUCUCCUCCGACUCUGCGACGUUCCUCUCGGGCGAAACGAUUGUCGACGAGCCUGACAGCCUUUCAUACACAGAGGAGAGCGUUGUAGUGAUGACCGGAAGGCAGCCCAGUAUGCAAUCUGAUUCUGGGAUAAGAUCCAGAACUUCAUUGCCUCGGCCGGUCACAACUCCCCAUCGGCGCGCCUUUAACGCCUUGUGGUGGCGUAGAUAG